AUGGCUGGCAUAAAAACCCUCUUCAACCGGCCGCCGACGCCCGUGUUUGAUUCCAUGGGCGCCCAGGAGAAGGCACACGGGAGCGAGACCUCGAGCGUCAACUACCCGUCUGCCGAUGACGACGGCUACGUCCCCCCGCCGCGCACUGCCGGGUUCCUGAAGACCCUGGCCAACGUUGUGUGCAUCAUCAUCGGCACCGGCGCCCUCCAGAUCCCGUAUGUGUUCUCCAAGAUCGGCUACGUCGGCCUCGUCAUUAUUGCCAUCUCGGCAUUCAUCGGUAUGUACUCGGGAUCAAUCACAAUCAAGUGCCUGUACUAUAAGGAGGGACAGCGUCUGCGCACGUUCACCGACAUUGGCUACCACUCGUACGGUCGGCUCGGCCAGUACUUCACGCAGUUCUUCAACUACAUCUUCUGCAUUGGCACAACCGCCCUCUUUGUCAUUCUCUCCGGCGGCUUCCUCUACGAUCUGAUCAGCGUCGACCACAACAUCAACGUCAGCAAGCGCGUGUGGAUGGUCAUUCACAUGUCGGAGAUUGCCAUCAUGUCCAUCUUUGGCUUCCUCGCCUCGCUGGUCAUGAUUCUAGUCGCCGUGAUCCAGUCGGUCCGCUUCCCCUACGAGCAGAAGCCCGGUAUGCCUCCUGCCACCCACAAGGCCGGUAUUGCCACAGGAAUCCCGACGGCACUUUCCUCGAUUGUGUUCUCGUUCUCGGGCACCAUCAUCUACCCGCAUGUGGAGGCUUGCAUGGCCAAGCCCAAGAUGUGGCCGCGCGUGAUGUCUGUCGCCAUGCUGAUCUGCUUCAUGCUCUACUCGCUCGUUGGCAAUGAUGAAGCUGCCGGCGCUGUCAAGGCUGCCAAGGUCCUGGUUACCAUCCACGUCAUCCUCGCCGCGCCGCUGCUCAUCAUGCCCUUCUUCCUCGAGAUCGAGGAGCGCUGGAACAUCAACGUCCAGCGCUUCGGCCGCUUCAAGGAGCUGCUGAUCCGGGACUCGUUCCGUGCCGUCAUCAUGGUUGUCAUCUGCGGCAUCUCGAUCGGCAUCCCGUACUUUGACAGCGUGCUCUCGCUGAUGGGUGCCCUCAGUGUCACCAUGAUGUUCACCUUUGUUCCCGUCGUCGCCUACUACCGCAUGUACGGCGGCUACAAGAAGAUCCCCUGGUACGAGCUCAUCUGGAUGGUCAUUGUCAUCGUCAUUGGCCUGGUCGGCUGCGUGUGGGGCAGCAUUGAUGCCGUGAAGUCGCUGGUUGACCAGAUCAACGGUAAAAAGUAA